AUGGAGCGGGUGGUCGUGAGCAUGCAGGACCCGGAUCAGGGCGUGAAGAUGCGAAGCCAGCGGCUCCUCGUCAGUGUCAUCCCUCACGCCGUGACGGGUGGCGACGUGGUGCAGUGGCUGACCCAGAAGUUCUGCAUCUCGGACGAGGAGGCGCUGCACCUGGGCAUGCUGCUGGUGCAGCACGGGUAUCUGUAUCCGCUGCGGGACCUCCGCAGUCUGGUGCUGCGGCCGGAUGAUACACCCUACAGGUUCCAGACACCCUACUUCUGGGCGAGCACUGUGUGGCCAGCUGCUGAGUUGGACUACGCCAUCUACUUGACCAAGAAGCGCAUCCACAAACAGGGCACUCUGGGGGAUCACGAGAAGGAGCACUAUGACCAGCUGCGGCACAAGAUCGGCCAUACCUGGGACCUGGUGCUCAUGCAAGCCAGGGAGCAGCUGAGGGCUGCCAGGCAGCGCCGCCGAGCAGACAGGCUGGUCAUCGCGUGCCAGGAGCAGACCUACUGGCUGGUAAACCGGCCCCCGCCAGGGGUCCCUCAUGUGCUGGAGCAAGGUCCAGAGAGGAGCUUGUGUGCCCCCAGCCGCCUGCACAUGUGCAAGAGCCUGCAGUUCUACAAGUGGGAGAUCGAGUACGCCAGGAGGGCGCUGGGCAGGAGCCGGCUCAAGUCCUCCGACUGCCUUGAGGCGUACCUCAAGUUCAGCGGUCAGCGUGGGUCCCACGACCCCAUUCUGUCCGGAUGCCUGCCCAGCAACCCCUGGGUCACAGAUGACGAGGCCUAUUGGGCUGUGAAUGCGCCCACGGUGCCCACGCCGACGCGCCUUCGUGUGGAGCGCUGGGCCUUCAGCUUCCGCGAGCUCCUGGACGACCCUGUGGGCCGGGCGCACUUCCUGGACUUCCUGGAGAAAGAGUUCAGUGCCGAGAACCUCAGCUUUUGGGAAGCCUGUGAGGAGCUGCGUUACGGAGGGCAGGCCCAGAUCCCCGCCCUGGUGGACACCGUGUAUCAGCAGUUCCUGGCCCCCGGGGCUGCCCACUGGGUCAACAUCGACAGCCGCACGAUGGAGCGCACGCUGGCGGGCCUGAGCCAGCCACACCGCUACGUGCUGGACGACGCGCAGCUGCACAUCUACACGCUCAUGAAGAAGGACUCCUACCCGAGGUUCCUAAAGUCGGACCUGUACAAGGGCCUGCUGGCCGAGGCUACGGUCCCUGCAGAGACCAAGAGGCGGGUGUUCCUGUUCCUGCGGAAGCCGUGGCACCCCAGCCCCCGCCCCACAUUCCUUCCCGUUCUGGGGGAGCCCACGGCUGGCCACCAGGAGGCCUAGCAGACCAGUCAGCUCCCAGCCCCUGGUUGCCCCAUACCCUCCUCAGCCCAGGGUUCCUGCAGCUGCUGAUCACCUGCUGCCCUGUGCCCGCUCACUGUGCAGCCCUCCAAAGCAAGCCUGGCUCAGGAUGGAGGGCUCUGACAACAAGGCUGGGCGAGACUGGAGGCCCCCUGGAACCGCCUGCAUCCUGGUGUUCUCCAGGGCAGCACUGGGCUCCAGACGUCUCCCAGAAGUCCCUUCUAGCAGUUAACCCCUGGAAGGUCCCAAUCAGCCCAUCAGGUCCAGGAGUGGGCACAACCCUGCCCUAUGGGACUCCUGGGAGCCCCCAUUCUAUGGAGGCCACCCUGGGCUUAGUGUUUUUGGGGUACAAGCUGUGGCUCAUGAGUAAUUGCGCUGGGGGGGUCUCCCUGACAUAGGGUGAAUGCACAGCUGGUUCCU